ACACAAGUUUUCGCCUGCUCGUCUUCGUUGUCGGAUUAAAAAAACAAGAUUGUGAAAAAAUACAAGUAGUUUAGCGGCGUUAAAAUUGCUUUAAACAAAAAGUGCAAAAAAUUAAUAAGAAAAAAUACUUAAAAUUAAUUAAAACAAAUAUUAUUACUAUUGUUAAGAAAACAAAUAAAAAAAACUUUACAAAAAAGCGCAGACGCAAACGACGACGCCUGUUAAAAUUGUUGCUUGACAGGAGAUUUUUAUACAAAACGAGUGAAAAAGAUAUUUUUACUCUUGAAAAAAAGAACCAAAAGAAAAAGUUUGUGUGUGUUUUUAGUGCAUUUUUUCUUAAGUUUUAUUUAUAUUUAACAAUUUAUCAACAAAAUGGGUUGCGCUGUAAGUACUGCGCGAGAUAAGGAAGCAAUUGAACGUUCCAAAAGUAUUGAUCGUGCAUUGCGUGAAGAAGGCGAGCGUGCCGCAUCUGAGGUGAAAUUGUUACUUUUGGGCGCCGGCGAAUCUGGCAAAUCGACGAUAGUUAAACAAAUGAAAAUUAUUCAUGAAUCCGGUUAUUCACAGGAAGAAUGUGAAGAAUAUCGUCGCGUUGUCUACAGCAAUACAAUACAGUCACUGAUGGCAAUUAUACGUGCAAUGGGUCACUUGAAAAUUGAUUUUGCUGAUCCCUCAAAAACGGAAAUAGCCCGACAAUUCUUUACAUACGCUUCGGCGGCCGAAGAAGGCAUUCUCCUACCCGAACUAGUAUUAUUAAUGAAGAAACUAUGGUCUGAUGCCGGCGUCCAACAGUCAUUUUCACGUUCACGGGAAUAUCAAUUAAACGAUUCAGCUGCCUAUUAUUUGAAUUCAUUGGAUCGUAUAUCACAGCCGAAUUAUGUGCCAACACAACAGGAUGUGUUACGCACGCGCGUUAAAACCACCGGCAUUGUUGAGACACAUUUCAAAUGCAAGGGUUUAUACUUCAAAAUGUUUGAUGUUGGCGGCCAACGAUCAGAACGUAAAAAAUGGAUACAUUGUUUCGAGUGCGUCACUGCGAUUAUCUUUUGUGUAGCAUUAUCGGGCUACGAUUUAGUUUUAGCUGAAGACGAAGAAAUGAAUCGUAUGAUUGAAUCGUUAAAACUUUUCGACUCCAUUUGUAAUUCGAAAUGGUUUGUAGAGACCUCAAUAAUAUUGUUUUUGAACAAAAAGGAUUUGUUUGAAGAAAAAAUCAAAAGAUCUCCCCUAACAAUUUGUUUUCCAGAAUACACUGGUUCCAAUUCAUUUGAGGAUGCUGCCUGCUAUAUACGCAUGAAGUUCGAAAGUCUAAAUAAGCGUAAGGAUCAAAAAGAAAUUUAUACACAUUUUACCUGUGCCACCGAUACAAAUAAUGUACAAUUUGUGUUUGAUGCUGUCAGUGAUGUCAUAAUUAAAAACAAUCUUAAAGAAUGUGGUUUGUUCUAGAGAUUUGUCGAAACAAAUUAGUAGUUUAUUAUAUUAUUUAGGAGUAGUAUAUUUUCUUUAAACAAACACCAUUAACACACAUCCAUACACCACGCAUCCACACACACAAUUGAAAUACCGCAUAUGCAGUCAUCAUUCCGUAGAAUUUUUUAAAAAUUAAAUGUUGUUUUGUUUGUAACACAAUACAAUGCAAUGCAUUCGUCUGAUAUACCGAGGUUUCUCAUAUGAAAUAAAAAAGAAAAACAACAAACAUUUCCAUUUAUAAAAAAUUUAAAUUAAAUUUUAAACAAAUAAAAACACAAAAUGUUUUUAAGCGAUUCCAUUUUAAUUUAAAGAAACUUUAAAUAAAAUAUUUUAUAUUUUACUAAUAUUUAAAAAAAAAUAAAAAUAAAGAAAAAGCUGUGAAAAAUUAUGCUGAUAACAAACAGUUUAGAUGAUUAACUAAAUACUGGACUCUCUUCUUUGUAAUUUCAAACACAAUUUGUUUCACUGCUGCAGUUUAGUUUAAAUAUCGGCUUAUUUGUUUUAAUUUGAAAAUGGCUUAAUAAAUUAUUAUUAUUUAAAUAAAUCAUGUAUUCUCUCUACUAUUUUUUAUACAUUUAUCUAACUAAAAACAAUGUAAUUUGCCCUCUAAUCUAUUUUGUUUUCAAUUUUUAUACUUUGGCUAUACAUACAUACAUAUAUUUUAUAAAUAUUUAUCGAUAUCUUAAUGUAACUGAUAUAUAAUAUGUAUUCCUUUCGAUUAUUUUCAACUCAACUAUGUACUACUAAAUACUGUUACUACUACCAUCUUCUUCUCCUCUUCUUUAUGUGUAUUUAGCAAUAAUAUUUUUAUUUUUAAUCUAUAGUGUUUAAACCAUAAACAAUUUAUUAAAUUUAACGAAUUUCUUUUUAAGUUAUAAUUAAUAAUAAUUAAUAAUAUAAAAUUUAAAAUAAAAAUAUAAUUUAACAAUGAGCAAUUUUCGAAUAGUCGUCGAUUCAUUUUAAAAACAGCUUACAAUUGAAAAUAAUUUAACGUUAGUUAUAGUAAAAACGAAUUUUCCAUAAUUUUAUUUUUCUCUAUACAUUUGGCUGAUUUACAUAUAAUAUUGGACAUUUUUUUGAUUUGGAAAAAAUGCAGCUUGUUUAUUAAAAUUUUACAUUAUCCUGCAAUUAAAAUUUAUACAUUUUAAGCAUUAAAAUUACAAAAAUAAAAUAUUCUGAAAUGUGAUGAUUUGUUUUAAAUUUUCAAUAAAAAAAGAAACAUUCAAAUUAACACAACAAA